AACGAAGUGAAAAACGGCCUUGAAGAAUAUUUUAAAAGUAAGCCAAGAGAAUUUUGGAAAAAUGGCAUUAUGAGGCUACCGGAGAGAUGGCAAAAGGUGGUAGAAUAUAAAGGAUCAUACAUUAUUUAAGAAAGUAUAAAUCUAAAAUGUCCAGUUGUGAGAAAGGAGGGAAAACAAAGGCGAAGGGAAAUUCAUUUCGUUCGUUCAAAGCGGAACUCAAAUUUCCUGUUAGUCGUAUCCAUAGACUUCUGAGGAAAGGUAAUUACGCCGAACGCAUGGAGUCUGAUCCUCUUGCCUACCUGACUGCAGUUAUGGAAUAUUUGGCUGCUGAAGUUCUGGAAUUGACUGGAAAUGCAACACGAGACAAUGAAAAAUCCAGAAUCAUACCCAGACACGUUCAACUCGCCAUCCGUAAUGACGAGGAAUUGAACAAAUUACUAUUUGGAAUCACCAUCAAUCAAGGGGGUGUUUUGCCAAACAUUCAAACGGCACUUUUGCCAAGAAAAAUGGAAAAGAAGGCAUAAACAACAAUGUAUCCACGAAAUGGCCCUUUUAAGGGCCACGAAUUGUCUUCAAGACGUGAAGGCUCUUCUCGGAUUUUGCUUUGUCCUUUUAACCCUUCGGAUUUACACAAUUGCCAGGAUAAUUGUUAUGUCGCGUUAUCAUCAUACGAAACGACACGUAAAGUGUCUUAGGUCGUACUAACUCGUCGUUGUACGGUCAAACAUUCACUAUUGUAUAACACCGAAGUUGUUGGAUCGA